AUGAACUCACUGGACAUCAUCAAGGGCGACACCGACGCUAUUGAGUCUGCAAUCCUGUACAACUCGGAUUCCAGCACCAACGGUAACGGGUCUGACCAAACGGUUCUCAAUGACCGCAGCCGCACUCGGGUCCCCGGUUUGACGUGCAGAGAGAACAGCAACGAUGUCCAGUCGACAACGGCUGCAGCGGCGGCCAGAAAACUAGAGGAAGGAGAAGCAGCGGCCGCAGACAUCAUCUCUUUGGACGCUGAGAGUACAGGCGAUUCUUCCAAUGGCUAUCUGAUCGACGAAGAGCCAGAGGAGAUUUUUGCGGAACAGUCCGAGCUCCCAGACUUCAAAUUGAUCGCCAAGAUUGGUGAAGGCGCGUUCUCCAAGGUUUUUAGAGCCGUACCGCAGCCUCACUCCACCAAUGGCUUUUUGUCCAGAACUUUCCAGCAGGUGGCUGUGAAAGUCAUCAACAAACGCGAACUCACGUCUUCCCACAAGGACUCCAAAAGUAAGACUACUUCCAAGGAACAGGUUCUCAAGGAAGUUGCCAUCCACAGAACCGUCUCUGCAAGCGAUAACGUGGUGUCUUUUGUAGAUUUCCACGAAAGCGAACAAUUCUAUUUCAUCAUUCAAGAACUUCUGGCCGGUGGAGAGAUCUUUGGAGAGAUUGUGCGGCUGACGUAUUUUAGCGAAGACCUGUCGCGCCAUGUUAUCCGUCAGUUGGCCUUAGCUGUUCAGCACAUGCACGCGCUCGGCAUAGUACACCGUGACAUCAAACCUGAAAAUUUGCUAUUCGAGCCCAUCGAUUACGAACCUUCGCCGACUCCAGUUCUUCGAAGGUCCGAUGACCCCAAGACCAAACAGGACGAAGGUGUUUUCAGACCUGGUAUUGGUGGUGGUGGCAUCGGUGUCGUGAAACUGGCCGAUUUCGGUCUGUGCAAACAGAUAUACUCUACAAACACCAAGACUCCCUGCGGGACAGUGGGAUACACCGCUCCGGAAGUGGUGAAAGACGAAAGGUAUUCGAUGAAGGUCGAUAUGUGGGGUAUCGGUUGUGUGCUUUACACCGUACUGUGUGGGUUCCCACCUUUCUACGAUGAAAAGAUAGACGUCUUAACAGAAAAGAUCUCCAAAGGUGAGUUCACAUUCCUGCGGCCUUGGUGGGAUGAGAUAAGUGACGGUGCUAAGAACGCAGUACGGAAGCUUUUAGAGGUUGAUCCAAAAAAGCGUUACAAUAUAGAUGAGUUUUUGACCGACCCUUGGCUGAAUCAAUACGAUUGUACGCGGCUCCAAGGUCUCAAAAAGCAUAAAAACGAAUCUGCGGAAAACGUGUACAACAUGUCGUCCAAGAAGAAGCGUCACAACCGUCACAUGGGUUUCAAACGCGAUUCUUCGCUAUUGUACUCACCAGCUGCUGUUGCAAUGCGUGAUGCUUUUGAAGUCACCAACGCUUUGAAGCGGGAAGAAGAAACUAAAAGACGCGCACCUGCGGGUGUAGAUCUAGGACUCUUGCCAGAAGAUGAAGAAAUGGGGUUGGAGGAUGACAUGUUCCAAUUGCGUCUAAAUUCCUCAACUAUUAUCAAGAGACGUCAGCACAAGGGUGAUCCUGUCGAGGUGCCUGCUGCUGUUGCAGAGUAG